CGCUGGAAGAAUAGGAAGAGUGCGCCUUUCACAUGCCCCUUACUUUCAACCAAGGCGCCCUCCUCCUCUGAGUGUGACUUCAUUGAGGGUAGCGUUGGUCAUUAAAGGGGUAGUGCUUAGUGGACGGUUUGGGAUUUAGCCCCCACUCAUUUAAAUCCAGCUCAAAUAUUUUACGACAUCGUGUGUCGUAUCUGUUUUCGGCUUUCCGGUAACAUGGCAGCUUUCUUGCUCUCGCAGAGUUGCGGUGUUACUCUGUAAUGAUGGUCAGUCGGGGGGGAAACACACGGGCAGUCGGUCAGUAAUGCGAGUCUGUAGAGGAUGAUAAGAACGUGUUUGGGUCGGAUUUCCGCUCCGCUGUUUCUCAGAGCAGCUAACAUCCCUGAGCGCUGCGCGCGUGUGUGCCAGCUCGCGCCCGCACUAUGGCGGCUCGGACAACCACCUGGCACGGCGAGCCUGAGGUUCACGCAGCCUCGCCUCAGCGGCUCGUGGCUCUCCGACCUGAAAUGGACCGAGCAUCGGGGCUCGUGCUUCUUCCAGGCGGUGAAACGGUCGGGAGUGGCGAACCAGAGAGGGUUUGGGAGGUCAGCGGCCGGACCGAGACCGCUGCUGCUCCCCGCAGCCCGGGGACUCUGCAGCAGAAAGAGCGAGGAGGCUCCUGGUGGCUCCACAGCAGCAGACAAGGAGGCGGAACCAGGGCAGGGACUGUUCAAGUUCAAGGAGCUGGUGAGGCCAUAUUAUCUGCAGACUGGAGGGAACAAAGAUUUGGACGGUUACAUCGCUAGAACUUGGCCCACCCAGAAGUCUGCUCUGGGCAGCGCUCUGGAUCCUCUGGCCGACAAGAUCCUCAUCAGUGUUUUAUAUGUGAGUCUGACCUUCGCCCAACUAAUCCCAGCUCCGCUGACGGCUCUGGUGAUUUUUAGAGAUGUCGGUUUGAUAGCUGCAGUCUUCUGGGUCCGAUACAAGACUGUUCCUCCACCGGUGAGAAAUGCUGUGAAACAUGAAGGCUCUGCUGCAUACUGUAAAUAUGCACACUAUCAUUUUUUCCUCUGCUUUAUUCUUCUUUCCGUCCAGUUCAACACAGCCAUCCAACUCUGCCUGGUCGCUGCCUCUCUGGCUGCUCCGGUCUUCCAGUACACCGACAGCAUCCUGCUGCAAUGCCUCUGGUAUGUUACAGCUGUGACCACAGCAGCAUCCGGAUACAGCUACUGGCACUACGGCCGGAAGACUGUUCAGCUGUUAAACGCCAGGUCUCCAUGACCCCGCCCCCCAGGGCUACCCACGGCCCCCCCACUCCCAUAGGGAGCAAAAGGAAUAGAAGCAUCUUCUGCUGUGACAUCCAUCUGCUCAGGCAAAUGUUGAAGGGACAGGCAGACCGGCCGUCACCAGGAGCUCUGAAGACAAUUAGCCGUGACAUGGCCUUAAGGGUCGCCAUGGCAACUACGCAAAGAAAACAACGGAAGCCGCUGUAUGGUUUUAUCACGGAGACACUGAAACGGCAGCUCUGCCGCCGGGCUCAGAUAAAACUGCAAACAUAAAUAAAAAUAGAUCCUCGCCCACCCACACCCUGAAGCUCACACGUCAGCCGCAAGACAAAGGAUUCGACGAGGGAUUGUUAUGCUUCCUGUUUUUAUUUCCUUCAAUCAGCGGGAUGAAAUGUCCACCAAAUGAAUGUCUGAUCAGUGUUUGUUUUCUAAGCUGAUUAAAAUAUGUAUAUGUAGAAAUCUGCUUUGACGUGUCUGUGGAUUACU